AUGGUGGAGGGCCCGGGUCUUCAGGGGACCAUGGUGGAGGGCCCGGGUCUUCAGGGGACCAUGGUGGAGGGCCCGGGUCUUCAGGGGACCAUGGUGGAGGGCCCGGGUCUUCAGGGGACCAUGGUGGAGGGCCCGGGUCUUCAGGGGACCAUGGUGGAGGGCCCGGGUCUUCAGGGGACCAUGGUGGAGGGCCCGGGUCUUCAGGGGACCAUGGUGGAGGGCCCGGGUCUUCAGGGGACCAUGGUGGAGGGCCCGGGUCUUCAGGGGACCAUGGUGGAGGGCCCGGGUCUUCAGGGGACCAUGGUGGAGGGCCCGGGUCUUCAGGGGACCAUGGUGGAGGGCCCGGGUCUUCAGGGGACCAUGGUGGAGGGCCCGGGUCUUCAGGGGACCAUGGUGGAGGGCCCGGGUCUUCAGGGGACCAUGGUGGAGGGCCCGGGUCUUCAGGGGACCAUGGUGGAGGGCCCGGGUCUUCAGGGGACCAUGGUGGAGGGCCCGGGUCUUCAGGGGACCAUGGUGGAGGGCCCGGGUCUUCAGGGGACCAUGGUGGAGGGCCCGGGUCUUCAGGGGACCAUGGUGGAGGGCCCGGGUCUUCAGGGGACCAUGGUGGAGGGCCCGGGUCUUCAGGGGACCAUGGUGGAGGGCCCGGGUCUUCAGGGGACCAUGGUGGAGGGCCCGGGUCUUCAGGGGACCAUGGUGGAGGGCCCGGGUCUUCAGGGGACCAUGGUGGAGGGCCCGGGUCUUCAGGGGACCAUGGUGGAGGGCCCGGGUCUUCAGGGGACCAUGGUGGAGGGCCCGGGUCUUCAGGGGACCAUGGUGGAGGGCCCGGGUCUUCAGGGGACCAUGGUGGUGGGCCCUGAAGCAUAUGGUGUACACUACCUCUAG